GAAGGGGGAGGGAGCUCUCAGUACUGAUCUUCUGUUUUCAGCAUCCCAAGAGCUGCCUCUGUUGUGUGAAAUACAAGAAAAAAAGGCAAGACAGCGGGAUUGAAUCCAAGGAGGAGACUCAAAAACUGGAGGGAGGGGGGAUCUGGAAGGGGGAGGCAAUCAGGUUAGGGUUACUUUUUAUUUGGGAAGUUCAGCCUUAGAGAAAAUUGUUGUUGUGUCAGUGUAAACAACCUAUGCAGGACCUGCAUUGCUGAAGGUGGAAGGAGAAGAGAAGGAGGCGGCAUAGACACUGGAACAAAUGUUACCUCUUCCUAUGAAUGCUUCUUGCCUUAAGGUGGCCCCAGACUGCAGCUGAUCACAUCUUAACAUGCAAGUUGUAUGUUAAGCUCUUAUGGGGGGAAGAAACACAGAUGCCUCCGCACACCCCAACCAAUGGGAGGGUAGAUGCAUUCACCAUGGUACACAUUAAAACCUAAGGAACGUAUUUAAAUCCACAGCAAAAGAAAAAAGGUGGUGCUGGUGGUGGUGGGGGGGAUUAAGAAAGCUUGCUUGGGAAACCUACACCCUGACCAUGGCUGUGAAUACUGCCAAGACAACGUCAAGUUUUCUAUCCACAACUGCAGCAACCGCCACGGAUCCCUUGGUCUCAACAAGCCUGGGACCCAGAGAAAACAUCACCUCAAGAACAUUUAUGACUGUUACCCUAACAACGACAGCAGCAACAACAAACGAGACCAGCUUCAAUGCCACCGCGGUUCCAGACGUGGUGAUUGAGGGCUCCAGUAUUGGAAUGUUGCUGGUGCCCUUUGGCAUCAUCACCCUCAUCGGCUUAGCGGUGGCAAUAAUACUGUAUGUUCGGAAACGAAAGCGGUUAGAGAAGCUGAGACAUCAGCUCAUGCCCAUGUACAACUUUGACCCCGCUGAGGAACGGGACGACCUGCUGGAACAGGAACUACUGGAUCAUGGAAGGGACGGAAGCCUCGUAGGCCAAAAUGCCAAGUUUUGACAAAAAGGCAAACAUGACCCUCACAAGCUCCCAGGGGACAACGCAGCGACCCAGUCGUCUGGUCUUCACAGAUGUUGCCAAAGCUCUCAAUGCUUAACACCUCCCCUGUCCUGAGUGAUCAAUCCCGGCCUACAGGGGCUGGCCACGCGACCAGACACAGACUAUCACUAAUGUGGAAAAAUAAAGGGAAGUUAGAAUGUUUUAAAACUAGAAUUCUGAUGAAUGUUUUCACCAUCAACUUGUAAAAUCCCACUGGUCACAUCAACAGCAAAAAAGAUAACUAUGUGAGGGAAAUGCAAAGGCUCAUUUAUGAUCCUGCUGCAUUAUACACCAAAUGUGGCACCCUUGUUUUUAAGGCUCUGUUCUGUCAUUGUUAGAAAAUUUGCUCUGCAUGUCAGUUUCUGCAUCUUCUUUUAUGUGUCAUAUGAUGAAUUUGUGAAUGUGUUAUAGUGGUUUUAUGGUCUUACACCUCUGAAAGCCGGAAGUAUCGCCAUCCUCACUGUUUUCCUCCCUGUUUGUCUUCUUUCCAGAGAGUGGAUUAAUAUCGUUUUCAUCUCUAUACAUUAAAAAAUGUUGAAACCAUGAAGAACAAAAACAAAUCAUGUACAAAUCCAUAACAAAGGCUGCUGAGUGUGAUAUCUUUAUUGAUAAGCGAUACAGAAGCAAAGUAACACAAAUCACAAAGUAAAGUAUAACAAAAUAUAUAUCACAGGUAUGUGAGUUGUAUUAAAGAAGUGGAUGAGGACAUAUCAAUAUCAUAACUAUUACAUCGUGUUAAAGGUAAGGCAUUAAAGAUGAUUUCUCAAGUUACAGUUCAAACUUUUCAAUAGUUAAAAAUAGAUCAAGUACUGUAUGUAACUAUUUCACUAGCAAUAAGAUCACAAAACUACACAUUGUCCCCUUAUAGAGAGUAAAUAUCCAAACACAGCUUGUGUAAAAUAACACAUUGACUUAGCUGGAGUUAAAUUAAAAGGCACCUUUCAGGCUGACUCUCAUUCACUUUUGGUCAUAUCAAUGCAGUGAGAUGAGAUGUGUGUGUGUGGACUACUGCAGUACUUUUUGAAAGUUAUUUCAAGAUUUUAUGAUCCACGCUGCCUGCAGGUCUGACGGAAGCCUCUGGCCUUAAAAGGCCACAAGUUUCCCCCCCAAAAUGACCUGAGCUUGGUUCGCUUUAGAGGUAGUCCAGAAGGGCUGAAUAAGUAAAGUCAAUGCAACAUUGAAUAAAUCGGUAAGGAGGCAGCAGUUUAGGCAACAGCGCUGAAAUACAUAAAAGUAAUGAUGUAUCAGCAAAAAUAGGGAGAAAUAUUGAAUUAUAAAGUAAAUGAUGGCUGAUAUUCAAGUAAUAAACAAUGCAAAACCAA